AGCGUUUCUGUCAAUCAUUGUGCGGCUGUCAUAUUUCCAGCUUUAUAAAUUUAAAAAAUUGUUAAACUAUUAAAAACCAAUUAAAAUGGCCCGUGAAAGUAGCGCUGGAUUCGAUAGACAUAUUACUAUAUUUUCGCCAGAAGGCAGAUUAUAUCAAGUCGAGUACGCUUUAAAAGCUAUAAAUCAAGGCGGCCUAACAUCGGUUGCACUCCGAGGCGCUGAUGGCGCUGUAGUAGCCGCUCAACGCAAGGUGCCGGACCGUCUACUAGACCCUGCUUCUGUCACUCAUCUCUUCCGUCUUACAGAUCGCAUAGGAUGUGUUAUGACCGGCAUGACGGCUGACAGCAGGUCGCAAGUACAGCGGGCUCGUUAUGAAGCAGCAAACUGGACUUACAAGUAUGGCACUGAAAUACCAGUACACAUUCUAUGCCGACGCAUUGCUGACAUAUCUCAAGUAUAUACACAGAAUGCUGAGAUGCGCCCACUCGGCUGCAGUAUGAUGCUCAUUGCAUAUGACGAUGAAACUGGCCCCAACGUAUACAAGACUGACCCAUCAGGCUACUAUUGCUCAUACAAAGCUGUGGCCGCGGGUUCCAAGGCCACUGAUGCAAAUGCUUAUCUCGAGAAAAAGCUUAAGAAACGUGCCGACUUGUCUUCGGAUGAUGCCAUACAGCUAGCUAUCUCAUGUCUUUCACAAGUGCUCUCUGUCGAUUUCAAGUCUUCAGAGAUUGAGGUUGGGGUAGUCUCAAAGGAAAAUCCAAAAUUCAGAGUACUGCCAGAAAGUGAAAUCGACAGGCACCUAACUGCCAUAGCAGAAAAGGAUUGAAAGAAUCCACAACAAUGAAUGAUAUAAUGUUUUUUAAAUAAAAAAUGUAUUUCACAUCCUA